CAGUGGAUACUGACCCCCGGCUUGAGCACAGUCGUGUUUCUCCAUGAAGACACAUCUUUAAGGUUUUAUUUCUCAAAAGUGUCAGGGUGUCCCCCCUCUCCAUGUGUGGUCCCUAAUGGGCGGCUGGUCUCGCAGUGCCGUGCUGGAGCUCUACCGGGCGUUGCUCCGUGCAGGGCGUCACCUUCAGUACACUGAUCGUAAUUACUAUCGCCGGGCUGUGGCUCGUGAGUUUCGCCGCUGCCAAGCCCUGACGGUACCUGAAGAUAAAGAGGGUGCACUGAAGAGGGGCCAGUUCUUCCUUAGCAGCCGACUGGGUGGGCUUAUGUAG